CCUGGGGUGAACAUGGCCGCGCUCUUUAAACUCGUGAGAUCCCAUCUCAACUGCACUCCCAUCAAGCACUAUCAUCAUCUUCCAGUGCUGUUAGGCUUACGGGGAGUUUUGAGGAAUGCCCACUUUCUCGCGCCAUGUACUGUGUUACAAAAUGUUCAAAGGCAGCUCCGUACGUCCUCCUUCUUGAACGUGGUAGGCUCUCCCCUCAAGAUGCCAUCCCUCUCACCCACAAUGAAUGAAGGAACAAUUGUGAAAUGGCUGAAAAAGGAAGGAGAUCCUGUCCAGCCAGGUGAUGUCCUUUGUGAGAUCCAGACUGACAAAGCAGUGGUGGCAUUUGAAGUUGAAGAAGAAGGGAUUCUUGCCAAGAUCCUGGAACUGGCCUUCCUCCUUUAUGUUGUUUUCCUCCUCUAUCAACUAAGUAAUGGCAAUUGCAUGGAUCUUGACACGCAGGUGAAAGAAGAUACGAAGGAUGUGAAAGUAGGAACUUUGAUUGCCUUGAUGGUGGGAGAAGGAGAAGAUUGGAAGAAAGUGGAGAUUCCUGUUGGAGCAGGUGUCAGCAUUAAAUCAGAAAAGAAAGAAGAGAUGGAGAAACAUGAAGGAGUUGCUCUGAAAAGUGAUGCCAAUUUGGCUCCUGGAGCAAAACCAGAACCCAAAAUGAUGGGUCCAUCAGUUAGAGGACUCCUGGAACAGUAUGGGUUGAAGGCAUCUGAAGUCCCUGCAAGUGGGCCUCAUGGCUUGCCUCUCAAGGGAGAUGUUCUUGCAUACAUAAAGAAGAAGGGCCUCAUACCAAAAGUCACACUGCCUAAGGAUGAUGGAAGAAUGCAAGAAAGAGCAAGAAUAGAAGAGGUUUCUUUAAAGCAACCCCUACCAGAUCUGAGAGGAGACUCUGCAAAGUCACCAACCAAGGCCUUGUUUGAGGAUAUUGAUCUGAGCAACAUGCGCAAAACCAUUGCCAAGCGACUCUCUCAAUCUAAAGUCUGCCAACUGGAGAUUCAAUUGGGUACAACCAUUGCACAUGCAUAUGAGACAGUCGAAUGUGAUAUUGAUGCUAUCCUGAAUACAAGAAAGAAGCUAAAGGAAUCUGGAAUUAAUGUCUCAGUUAAUGACUUUCUUAUUAAGGCUGUUGCUGAAACCCUCAACAGAUUCCCUCAGGUCAAUGUCAUCUGGCAGGGAGAACAAUUGGUGACCUCUCGUACUGUGGAUGUGUCUGUUGCUGUGGCAACAGAGGAGGGACUCAUCACUCCCAUUAUCUUCAAUGCCAACCAAAGGAGCAUGGAAGAUAUCUCUCGGGAGAUGAAAAUCCUGGCUGACAAAGCUAAGCAGCGUCGCCUUCAACCACAGGAAUUCAUUGGAGGAUCCUUCACGAUCUCAAAUCUAGGAAUGUUUGGCAUCACUGAAUUCACAGCAAUCAUCAAUCCUCCACAGUGUGGAAUCCUUGCAGUGGGAACUGGACGACGGUGUAUUGGUGCAGACAUGAAAGUGAAGACCCUUAUGUCAGUCACAAUGUCCUAUGACAAUGUGGCCAUAGCAGAUGACAUGGCUGCAGAAUUUCUGGACUCAUUACGAGUGACCCUAGAGUGUCCCCAAAAAAGGGCCAAGACCAGCCGUUCUGAACGGAAAGAGGGAGAAAAUGAUGACAGAGAGUUUGCAGCCAUUGAGUCCAAGAUCUUGCAAGACAUCUCCAAGGUUUCCUCAAGUGAUGAGAGUGACCAGGAAGAAUUCAUCCAUAAGUUUGACUUUCACUGUAAACCAAAAAUGGAAGCUGUGACUUGUGACUGGGCUGGAGAGAGCAUAGAUGGAAAAUUAUCUGACUCUGAUGACGAGAAUGACAAUGACAGCACUUCAAAUUCACCUAAUGUACGACCUACCAUCAGUGACUCCAAAGUGGAGUCAACACAGGAACAAGACUCUGAAGAACAGGAAGAGUCUGGGGGCUUGGAGAGAUUGGAUGUCUCUCAAAUUCUGGCAUUGGGAGAAGGCCUAGGACUCAAAUCUGAAUCUACCAUGAAUUCAGAUGAAUCUGGAGAGUCAGAUUUGGAAGAAGUGGCCGGGAUCCCCAUGAAGGAGGAGGUAGAAGCAUCAUCCAGCAUCGAAGUCACAAUCCCCAUUGAAGGUAGACAGAGGAAAAGGAAAGGCUUUGACAUGGAAGCAUACAUCAAGCGGAAGAUUGCAAGAGUGAAGCGAGAGAUCCAGCUUCUUGUGCACAAGGUUCAUAUCCUCUGUCUUAUUGCUCACAUGCAGCAUCUAAAUUCACUGGUGAAUGAUACAGAUCUUCUUGGCCUGGCUAUAUCUGUCAUUCCUUCCACAUCUUACCCAAAGAAACAUGCAGACCUCAAGUACCUGGAGAUGCUUCUCAAGUGGUUCAGGGAGAAAUUUCCCAUCCUUGAAUCAGAUGAAAAGUGCUUAAACUCUGGCAAGGACCUUCCAAGACUUGUGAGGGUAUUCCAAGAACAUAACAUUAGGAAUCCCAAUGAUCUAGUCCUGGUUUUUGUAGCUGUAGUUCGGUCGGUCGGGCUAGACUGCAGGUUGAUCAUGUCCUUGACCCCUUUGCCCUUGAAACCCCCAAGUGAGAGCUCAGGUACUCCUUUACUCAGUGCAGAGAAUAGGUCUCAGGAGAAGUCCAAAAAGAAGGAGGAUAAACCUAAUCCCACAUAUGCCAAAAUGGAUAGGGUGAGGGCUAAUAUAAAAAGCAAAGAUCCAACUCAGCCAUCUGCAUCCAAAGAUACCUUUGAGUCACCCAGAUUAUCAAAGAAAAGUGCCCAAGUGCAGCCUCAACUGUCAAGCUCCAAGAAAACAUCAAGGAAGUCUGCAGCAUUGAAGACAGAGAAGGAUUUUGUUGAAAUAAAGAGUGUUUCUCCAGGAAAUUCAAUUAGCAAAAUCUCCACAAGUCCUGAAAAAAGAGUUACAAGUAUGGAAAACCUCCACAAGUCUACAAAAGGAUCCAGAAAGAAGCAAGAGGGUAGAACAACAUUGAAAGAAGUUUCAGCAGAUCAAAAAAGGAAGUCACUUCGCGUGAAGGAGCAGAAGAACUAUGAUGAGUCAGCAAGUGACAAACCAAAAAGAGGAGGGAAGUGGAAGUCUGAUGGUUCUCUGGCUCCAGUACAAGGCAAGAAAAGCAGAAUUAAAAGUGGUGAUGAUGAUGAUGAUGAUUUUGAGCCUGAAAUCCUGAAAAUCAAAAAGGUCACAACACCCCGUGUUGACCCUAAGAAGCGCAAGGUCCUCAGCUCUGAUGAGGAGACUCCCAAGCUGAAGAAGAAUAAGACAGAGAAAGGGAAGAGGAAAGGCAAGGGGCAAGAUCUCUGGGUUGAGGUGUAUCUUGAGGCAGAGGAGGCCUGGAUCUCUGUCGAUGUUGUCCAUGGCAACAUACAUUGCAUUCAAGAACUGGAAGGCCGAGCCACUCGACCGAUGUGGUAUGUGAUAGGGAUCAAGAAUGAUGGUGGGAUGAAAGACCUCACUCCACGCUACUCCUCUCGCUUUCUCUCCCAAACUCGUAAGGCUCGUGUGGAUGAGCACUGGCUCAAAGCAUCUCUUCAACCAUUCUUGGAAAAGAGGACCCCUCGCAGUAAGAAGGAAGAUGAUGAACUUGACACCAAACUCAUGGAAACCCCCCUUCCAACCACUCUAGCUGAGUACAAGAAUCACCCAUUGUAUGCCCUGAAGAGGCAUUUGUUGAAGUUUGAGGCAAUCUAUCCAGAAGAUGCUCCACCUCUGGGCUUCUUUCGCCGAGAGCCAGUUUAUGCCAGGGAAUGCAUUCACACACUCCGCUCUCGUGAGACAUGGUUGAAGGAAGCCAGAGUGGUAAAGCGUGGGGAAACCCCAUAUAAAGUAGUCAAAGCCAGGCCUAAAUAUGACCGGCUGUCUGGUGAAGUUCUGAAGGACCAACCAUUGGAAGUGUUUGGGAUGUGGCAAACAGAGGAUUAUGAGCCUCCUGUAGCCGAGAAUGGGAAGGUCCCCCGUAAUCCCUAUGGAAAUGUGGAGCUUUUCAAACCAUCCAUGCUUCCUAUUGGAACUGUCCAGCUCAAGAUGCCAGGACUGAAUAGUGUGGCAAAGAAGCUGGGGAUUGAUUGUGCCCCUGCCAUGAUUGGGUGGGAUUAUCAUGGUGGAGGUUGUCAUCCCAUGUAUGAUGGAUUUAUUGUCUGCCAAGAGUUCAAAGAUGUCCUCGUCGAUGCCUGGAAUCAGGAGCAAGAGGAAGCAGAGCGGCGCGAGGAGGAGAAACGAGAGAAGCGCAUCUAUGGGAACUGGAAGCGCCUCAUCAAGGGACUGCUGAUUCGAGAGAGGCUCGAGGAGAAAUACCAAUUUGGCUGCACUGCCACCAAGGAGCAGAAACCGGCUGCUGAUGCAGAUAAGAAGAGAAAGAAGAAA